AUGAUUCAAGUUAGACUCUCUUGGUGGCUUGAACACAACGUCAAGUUACCAUUGUCACAGUUCGGUUUCCGCAAAUCAAGAUCUUGUGCUGACAACCUCUCGAUUCUUACUACAAAAAUCUAUUCAGGAUUCACCAACGGACUUUACACCACUGUAGCCUAUCUCGAUGUCAAAAGUGCUUUUGAUGACGUAGACCCUACUUCCCUCGUUUAUUUAUUGAAAGACCUAGGUCUUCCAGAAACAAUUUGCAAAUUCUAUUACAACCUAACAGGUGAAAGACUGAUUUACUUCAACAUAAAUGGUGAAAUUACUGGCCCUUUUGUAACCAGAAAGGGUGUCCCACAGGGUUGCGUCUCCAGCCCGACUCUUUAUAGCAUCAGUGUUAGUCAACUCAUCUAUAUUCUCAUUGGAUGCGACUGUCUACAAUUUGCUGAUGAUAUCGCCCUUAUUGUCACUCACAAAGAUCCAAAAGUUGCUCUUAAAAUUCUAGAACGUAACUUGAAAAGAGUAAACCUAUUUCUCCAAAAGAUUGGUCUUUCUCUAUCGCUAGAAAAAACCAACAUAGUAAUUCACACAAAUCACAAAGAUUCUGAUUUUUCGAACCUUUCAGUUACAGUUGACUCUAUUCAAAUACCUGUCUCUAACAGCGCCAAGUUUCUUGGAUUAACACUGGAUAAGAAUCUAUCAUGGUCAACUCAUCUUAACCACAUAGUUAAAAAAAUUUCACCGAGCAUAAACAUUAUAAGAUCUCUACGUACCACAUGGUGGGGAGGUCACCCCAGAUCGCUCUUACUCAUUUACAAAUCUAUAGUCUCGGCAGCUAUAGACUAUGGUCUAUGCUGCAUCCCAAGCAAUACAAAUUCUUUCUUCGAAAAAAUUAACGUUUUACAAAGACGUGCUCUUAGAUUUGCUUUAGGUUUAAGAAAUACGACCCCUAAUCGAAUUGUAUACGCAGAAUCGCAAAUUUAUCCUCUUCAGCUUCGACAAGAGAAACUUGCGUACAACUAUAUAAUACGCUCAUUCUCGACAACGAAUCAUCCAGCGACUAUUGCUAUCUCAAACUUGGUAGACUCGUUAAAAAAAAGCUCUCCUCGAUAUAUUCACAAUCUUCCUCUUCUUAAAGCCUUUACUAAGCUCAAACGCUUUCAAAAAAAGGUUUAUUCUAGCCCUAUACCUCCAUGCUACGUUUUUUCCUUGGAAGCACAACAGACAGAGUCAACCAUUAUCCUCGACAAAGGUGAAACCAUUGCCAAAGCUGAUAACCCGCCAACUGAGUUUAUUCAUCAAUUUAGCGAUCUUUUACAAUCACACACUCCAUUCUAUACAGACGGAUCAAAAAAAGAUACUGGAUUGUAUGUUGGUUUAGCCAUUCAUAGCCCAGACCAUGGCCCAGACCCUUUAGACCUUAAUCUUAAAUUUAAAAUUGAUCCACACAAUUCCAUCUUCUCAGCAGAAGCUUUAGCAAUUCAAUUUACACUAGAACUAAUUAUUCUCAAGAAAAUUAGCAAAUCUAUCAUUUUCACGGACUGUCUUAGUGCGCUCCUCUGCCUUACCCACCAAGAAGCAAUUAUCGACUCCACGCAUAUUACAAUAUUCAGAAUAAAAACAAGACUUCUAGAAAUUCUCCAGAACCAUCAAGAAGUAAUUUUUGCUUGGAUUCCAAGUCAUAAAGGUAUUCCUGGCAAUGAAACAGCAGACAUUCUUGCCAAACAAGCUUGCGGUUCAGGUAUUAGUCCAUCCAACUUAAUACCUCAUUCGGACCUACGCCAAUUCACUAACAAUCUCUGUAGAGAUAAAUUCAAGAAAUUCCUAACACGAGUGGACGUAAACAAAGGAGUCCAAUACUUCCAAAACUACUUUAGUCAUUCUUCCAAACCCUGGUUUAACAACACUACCUUGUGCAGGACACAAGUUGUAACCACAGUACGCGUGAGAAGCAACCACUACAGUCUAGCAUACAGCUUACAUAGAAAAAAUUUAGUUCAAUCUCCCUUAUGUCCUUGUGGCAAGGACAAUGAAGACCUUAAUCAUGUUUAUUGGUCCUGCGAACGCUUUGACAAUCAUCGAAAAUUGUUACUUUUUAAACUGAUGAAAACAAAGAUCUUCCCGCCUUAUACAAUUUCACAAUUCCUUUCAGAUCCCAAACCAUCCCAUAUAGAAAUUUUAUGCAAAUUUCUCAAAAGCGCUGAGAUACUUUUAUGA